AUGCGAGGGCAGUACUGUAGCGUGAAUCGACGUGGAGAUUUUGCGCUGUUGUUGGAAAUCGAAGGAGACGUGAGGAUCUUGAUGAGAAAUUUCAGGGGAGAAAAUGUUUUCUGGGCCAUCAGAGGCGGCGGGCUGCCAGGUUUGGAAUCGUCUUGCCCUGGAAGCUUACCCGAUGGAUGCUGCGGAAUCGUCUUCCAGCAACACUGA